AUGCUUCUCAUUGAGGGCAACAUCGAAGACACUGCCCGGGAGAACGUUUCGCCCAUGUCACUGUUUUGUGUCAACUUUGGUCUGACGAUGAUGGACAGAGACACUGAAGCUGUCGUCUUAUUCUUCUUUUGCGGGUUACACACAGAUUACACAGCAGAUAAUUGGGCCGGACCAAACGGUAUGUUACGGUCUCUGAUUGUGCAGCUUCUCAUAUCCAUCUUGCAACAAAAGUGUCCUGAGCUGGAUCUCUCGAACACAGACUACGUCCGCCAGCUUGCGGCUCUAGAGAUGGAGACCCUGGCCAACUUGUUCGAAGAUCUGCUGAACCAGUUCGACGAGAAAGACACUAUUUACUGCAUCGUCGACGGCGUAUCUCGAUUUGAUGUCCACGCAGGCAAAUGUGCCCAGUACAUGUGGUUCAUUGUGCAGCGCCUUCAGAGUAUGUCCCAUUCCGAUUAUCUUGGGAAUUAA